GCGGAGACUUUAAAUGCCUCCUAACAGUUGGCGUUGCCAUACUCUUGUGCAGUUGGUGCUUGAGAUAACUCCAGAGUUUCAACAGAGUUGACAAUGGAGCUGUUUGAAACCAAUCCUUUCUAUUUCACAGACCAGCGUUUCUUCGACAACGAGAAUCUCUUCCCUUCGCGCCUGCAGGGCUUUGACCAGCCCGUGUUUGACCAGCGCCUGGGGACGGGUCUGAGCGCCGAUGGCAUGUCGCUGGAAGGCGGCGUGGAUGAGCACGUGUACCCGGUGUCGGAGCUGCAACAGCAACACCGGCAACUGCAGCAGCAACCGCACGACUGUCACGGUCAGUGCCUGCUGUGGGCGUGCAAGACCUGCAAGAGGAAAUCCGUGACCCUGGACAGGAGAAAAGCGGCCACCCUAAGAGAGAAGAGGAGAUUGAAGAAGGUCAACGAGGCGUUCGAGGCUUUGAAGCGAAGUACUUUGCUGAAUCCCAACCAGAGACUGCCCAAAGUGGAAAUCCUUCGCAGCGCCAUUCAGUACAUCGAGAGACUCCAGGUGCUGCUCGGCACUUUGAACCAACAGGAGAAGUUGCAUUACAGUGGCAGCAGCAACACGCGUCAAGGGGUGGGCGUAGCCAGUAAAUGUGGAUCAAGCAGCGCCUCCUGCAGUCCCGAGUGGAGCAGUUCCUCCGAUCAAUGCAACACUCCGUACAAUCCUCCCAGCGAUCACUUACUACCUGUGAAUAAGGGCCAGUCCACUGGAAGUGCCAGCUUACGCUCUCUCACCUCUAUAGUGGACAACAUUACACCAGAACAUUCACCAAGCAGCUAUUUGGAGAGUAACACCAUCAACUGACUGACAGUUGAUGUUCUUUUUAUAAUUGGAAGCCUUUUUUAUUUUUAUACACUUUGGUGUGUGUUGUGCAUAAGGUUGUUUAAUUAGAAAAAAAAAUCAUUCCUAAUUCUUAAAACUGUUUAAAAUGGCCAAUGCUUUGUUUUUAUACACCUUUAUGACCAAUGUGUGUUUUUGCAACUAAAGUCCAAAUGUAAAUAUAAAUCCGUACUGUUCAUUUUUUGAGUGAGUUUGUUAUUUUGAUUUUUUUUUUGCUAAAUUAUUCUGCUUUUUACAAUAAAGUUAAUAUAAAAUAAAU